AAAAAAAAAACACCUACCCGUCCGCCGGCGCUGGCCCGCGCACAGGCUAGCCAGACGGCGGCUCGCGUUGCCGUUGCGCGCGCCCUCUCCGCAGUUAGCCACCGCGGCGCCUCCGGCAUCCCCACACCCCUCCCACCCCCCUCCGGGGUCCCCCGCUGCGCGGUAACCGGCGGCGAGUUACCCACUGUUACUUCGCGCCGCGGCGUGUAUGCUGCUGAGGCCGUCGCGCGCCCGCGGCCUGCUCGACGGAAUCCCGCGCCGGGGCCCCCCCGCCGCCGCCGGUUAUCGCGCGGCGUGCGAGCUUGCCCCCGCGGAUGGGGACGCGCUCGCGGCUUACGCGGGCAUGCUGGCGCGCGGGUUCCGGCCGGACGCCUACACGUUCCCGCCCCUGCUGAAGGCGGUGGCGCGGCGGGGCGGCCCCGCCGCGGCGGCGCCCGGCGCCGUCCACGCGCACGUGGUCAAGUUUGGGCUGGGCCACGGCGCCCACGAGGCGAGCGCGCUGGUCGCGGCCUACGCGGCCGUGGGCGACGGCGCGGCGGCGCGCGCGGCGCUGCUGGACUCGCGCGGCGCGCCCGUCGCGUGGAACGCGCUGAUCUCUGGCCAUUGCAGGGGCAAGCGGUUCGGGGAGUCAAGCCGCGCGUUUGCUGACAUGGUGCGGGCCGGCGCCGCGCCCACGCCGGUCACGUACGUCUCGGUGCUCUCUGCUUGCGGGAAGGGCAGGGACUUGCUGCUCGGGGUGCAGGUGCACAAGCGUGUGGUGGAGAGCGGGGUGUUGCCGGACCUGAAGGUGGAGAGCGCCCUGGUUGGUAUGUACGUCGAUUGCGCUGACAUAGACUCGGCUUGGAGGUUGUUUGAGGACAUGGAAGUGAGGAAUGUGGUGGCCUGGACAUCUUUGGUUUCUGGGCUUGCGAGAUUAGGCCAGGUUGAUCGAGCCAGAGAACUGUUUGACGGUAUGCCUGAGAGGGACGCUGUUCUGUGGACUGCAAUGAUUGAUGGUUAUGUACAGGCUGCCAGGUUCAGGGAGGCAUUGGAGAUGUUCCGUGAGAUGCAGUACAGCAAUGUGACGGCAGAUGAGUUCACCAUGGUGAGCGUGAUCACUGCUUGCGCGCAGCUAGGUGCAUUGGAGAUCGGAGAAUGGGUGAUGGUUUACAUGAGCAGGCAAGGGAUUAGGAUGGAUGUUUUUGUUGGCAAUGCACUUAUAGGCAUGUACUCCAAGUGUGGAAGUGUUGAGCGAGCAUUGGAUGUAUUUAACGGGAUGCACAGCAGAGAUAAGUUUACUUGGACAGCUAUCAUACUUGGUCUCGCGGUGAAUGGUCAUGGGGAAGAGGCAAUUGACAUGUUCCACAGAAUGAUCAGUGUUUCGGAAGCUCCAGAUGAGGUGACAUUCAUUGGUGUUCUCACAGCCUGCACCCAUGCUGGCUUGGUUCACAAAGGACAGGAGUUCUUUCACAGCAUGACUGAGACCUAUAAUAUUGCCCCAAAUGUGGUGCAUUAUGGAUGCAUAGUAGAUCUUCUUGGCCGAGCUGGGAAAAUUACGGAAGCAUUGGAGACAAUAGAUCAAAUGCCAAUGACACCCAACUCCACUAUUUUGGGGACCCUGCUGGCAGCUUGCAGGGUUCAUGGCAAUUCAGAGAUAGGUGAAUCGGUAGCAGAGCGCCUCAUUGCGCUGGAUCCAGAGAACAGCACAGCUUACAUUCUUUUGUCCAACAUGUAUGCAAAAGCUAACAGAUGGGAAGAUGUCCGACGGCUUAGGCAGGCAAUAAUGAAGAAAGGAAUAAAGAAAGAACCUGGUUGCAGUCUGAUCGAAAUGAAUGGCAUGAUUCAUGAAUUUGUAGCUGGUGAGCGGUCUCAUCCUAUGAGCAACGAAAUCUACUCUAAGUUGGAGAAUAUAAUCGCCGAUUUAAGGAAUGUUGGGUAUUUUCCUGAUGUAACUGAGGUCUUUGUUGAAGUUGCAGAGGAGGAAAAGCAGAAGGUUAUUUAUUGGCACAGCGAGAAGCUAGCAAUUGCUUUUGCAUUACUCAGUUCAGAACCUAAUACUGUGAUAAGGAUUGUGAAAAACUUGAGGAUGUGUUUGGAUUGCCAUAAUGCAAUUAAGUUGAUAUCAAGGUUGUAUGGAAGGGUGAUAGUUGUGAGGGACAGGACACGCUUCCAUCAUUUUCGACAUGGACUCUGUUCUUGUAAAGACUAUUGGUAACAUCAUAUGCAUCAGCUAGAUAAGACGACUGAAUAUAUGGGGCCUAAGCUUUGAGUGAUCACUUGAUGGCGAGCACAAGCUUUCACUUGAAAUGUAGUAUUCACUGCAGUUCAGGAAGUGAAACGAGAAGAUUGAUAGUAUCAUUAAUCUAGGAGAGCCUUCAUGUUAUAUUCUGUUUGAGCUCCUCUUGUUGCAUGUUAACACCUUGAUGUAAACCUUGGCAUAGCUGAUGGUUCUGCUGGCACAUCAUUUGUUUAAAGAAAGUUUGGGCUUUCAUAAAACAAGGUAUUUUUAAUAAGAACAUAUGCCUGCCUUAUAUCAACAUAGAAUACCUUACAAGGGAUGCGAAGGCGCAGAAGCCAUUAAACGUGAGCCUUGGGAUACCAAACUCCCUUGCGAUGUCAGCAGUCCACCAGUGUGACAUGUCAGAUAUGAUGCAGCUUGGAGAUGGGUGUUGCUGAUGGAGGUAUGCUGUAAGUGGCUCCCGAAGUGCUGCGCAGGCCUCCAUGAAAUUCUUGAACAGAUCUCUUGACUGGAUCAUAUCGGCAUUCUCACAUCCGUUAGGCAGGCCAAACUCAACAGCGGGGAAGUUGAGCUUGACGAACUGGAUUGCGAGGCCCGUUGCCUGCACGUGGUUGAUGAACCCUGCCAUCCUUGUGGCGUUCACCGGUGUGGUGAUGAAGCUAACCUGUGCACCAUGCUCGGCUAGCAGGCGUGCCAUGUCAGUCAUGGGGAUAGUGUGGCCCUGUGCCAUCAGUGGAACCAGCACGAAGUGCUUCCUUUCUGAGGCUUCCUGGUUAUCGGUGAGUGCUUGGCCGGCAAAGGCCAUGGUUGUAAGAUGGUGAAAUGAAGCUAGGACUGAUGAGAUCUGCAGAAGCACGCGCAAGUUGUUCUGGAUAGGUUGUAUGCUGUUUGAACUGAAGGAGAUGGCAACUGAGAUAUAUGCAGUGCCUGUGCCUGGGCCUCAUCGUGUUAUGAAAGCGACAUGCCCAGGUGAUAAGCGUCGGGGCUCAAUUGGUGCGGUGGCAGGCCAGCAGGAGAUCAACUUGCCUACAGCUUUGGUGACGCAUGUUCACACGUCACUUAUAGAAACGUGGUUACUUAAAACUAUAUGGAUAGAGCUCUUUUAGUCCUGAACCAUGAUAGUGAUUUUCAGGCUGUCCGACUGGACAACAGGUGGUGGAGAUUAGCAGUGUUACUGCCUAAUAUGUCGCAUGGCCCGUAAUUUAUAGCCGUGCACUUCUGAAAUACUCCUGUGGAUAAAACGGGUAAGCAAAUACUUAAUCCAAUCACCGUUGGUUCUGA